AAUCAAAACUAAUUUGUUCCUUUGAGUCAGGGAAAAUUAGAGUUUUUUAGUUUAUUACAAAACUAUCACCAGACCUUAGCAACACAAGACGCUUUGGGUAUUUGAAGACUACUGAAGAAGUGUGUUGUUUUCAGCUGUCUGCAUAAGGAUUCCGCAACAUGAACGAUGUUCCUUUUCGGAGCAUGCUCCGAGCAGCCACAGGUGGUACUGAAGUUUGGACUGAUCAUUAUGAGACUCAAAAGAUGUCUCAGUAUGGAUGGCGAUGUACAACUAAUGAAGAUCAUUAUGAAACAGGAACUUUAAUUGGAAAUUACAAUGAGGAAAGAUUUGAUCUAAAAGAAAUAAAGAAGAAUAAACCUCUACCUUCUCUGUUUGCUCAUUAUUAUCAGCCAACCUAUGCCGUGUCUUACAACAAAAAUCCUUUGCAUCGAUAUCCUGCAGAUCUCAGACGGUUGAGAGCUCGACUGCCACAUGCUUACUCUGUCCAUCAGCCUGAGCUGGACACACCACAACUAAAGGCCUACACCAACAGCUGGAUGACCACACAGCGUGCAUCAUACCUCCACCCUCAGCUCAGGUUGCAGCCCAUUAAAAGUUUACCAGAUGAGAAGGGAGUUAUGUGCCCUGGUGGGCAUGAGUUUUCUUAAGUAACUUGAGGAACUAACACAGAUGUCAUCUCUUUCACAACACAUUUUAAAAGUUAUCACAGACUCCAUCAUAUGUGUUUUUAUAAAAACUACCUUUCAUUUAUUUAAUCAACUGAUUAAUUCAUUUAUAUUUAUAUAAAAAGUGAUAUUAUUGCUUUCUAUACCAGCAUUUUUUUGUUGUUAAAAAUAACAGUAUUAACAUAAUUAAACUGGAGUUAGCUUUAUCUUAGAUCAUGAAUCUUGCACUUUUAUUGAUCACUUGCUCCGCAGUAUUAGUUGUUUUAAUUUAGGAGAUGUUUGAGCUAUAGUUUAAUUAUUCAUUAUCCAAGCAUUAAAACAACGAAUUUUUUCUUUGUCAAUUUAACAUUGGCUAAAAUUAAAAAUAAAACAAGUAUAAAAAUCCACA